AUGGCUUCUGGAUUUAAAAAAAAAAAAAAAGACACACAAGAUGUCUACCCUCAGACAGACACCACUCUUAAAGACACACAAGAUGUCUACACUCAGACAGACACCACUCUUAAAGAGACACAAGAUGUCUACCCUCAGACAGACACCACUGUUAAAGAGACACAAGAUGUCUACACUCAGACAGACACCACUGUUAAAGAGACACAAGAUGUCUACCCUCAGACAGACACCACUGUUAAAGACACACAAGAUGUCUACACUCAGACAGACACCACUCUUAAAGAGACACAAGAUGUCUACACUCAGACAGACACCACUCUUAAAGAGACACAAGAUGUCUACACUCAGACAGACACCACUGUUAAAGACACACAAGAUGUCUAG